GCAUCUCAUUCUUUCUUUCUGGCCGUUGCCAUAAAAUUCUUUUUGAAAGUUCAAAAUGCACGGAGUCAGCCUUGUUCGUUUCAUCGUCGGCAUCGUUGGCAACAUAGUCUCGUUUGGGCUGUUUCUGUCUCCAGUGACAACAAUAUGGAGCAUCUACAAAAACAAAAGCAUAAUGGAUUUCCAUCCAUAUCCAUUCCUUGCUGCUUUCAUGAAUUGCAUUCUGUGGAUAUUCUACGGCAUGCCUUUCGUUCAUCCAGAUAGCACUCUCGUGGUCACUAUUAACAGCGUUGGUCUCGCAUUGGAAAUUAUAUACCUAAUUGUUUUCAUGAUCUAUGGCAACAAGAAGUAUAGGAAAAUAAUACCACUCUUCAUUCUUGGCGAGCUCGUGCUCUUUGCCAUCAUCGUCGCAAUCUCGCUCCUCGCCUUUCACACCACCACCGAUAGGUCCAUGUUGGUCGGCAUCAUUUGCGACGUCGCUGGCAUUAUCAUGUAUAUCUCCCCUCUCAGCACCCUGAAACAUGUUAUUGAGACUAAGAAUGCUGAGUCCAUGCAAUUUUGGCUUUGCCUAUCCGGCUUCCUUAACGGUGGCAUUUGGUUUUGCUAUGCUUUCUUGAAGAAAUUUGACCCUUACAUUGCUGUUGGCAAUGGAAUUGGAGGAUUGUUUGGCGCGAUCCAGCUCUUGGUGUACGCCUUUUACUACUUCAAAGCGAAGAACAAUGUGGCUAACGACGCCAAGCAAAGCGAUGCGCAACGGAAACUUUCUCAAUUAGUUUGAUCUUUUUUAAGAGUUAUGCAGCAGUUUGAUCUUUUUUGUUAUUAGCAGAUUAAUUAUUUUGUUCUAGCUUUCAAAUUCGA